UUGUGGGUGUCAAUAGAGAGUGACGGCCAUAUUUGCCGGUGCUGCUCUGCUGUAAACAAAAAGUGUCUGAGGGAGACAGAGACGCUUCGGUGAAUUUCAGGACAUUUUUAUUUCUUUAAUUUAUAAUGUCUCUGGGAAUGUCUUACAAACCCAGCCACCACCAGCACAUUCCGGGAACUUCCGUGAACCAGGUUGGAAACGUCCAUUCUCCCUCAACUAGUUUUGCAACGUUACAGUCUUACAGACCCAUUGUAAACGACUACGGACCACCUUCCCUGGGCUUUUCACAGGGGACAAGUGGAACCCAAGUGCCUCAGAGUAAAUACGCUGAACUUCUAGCCAUCAUCGAAGAACUGGGCAAGGAGAUCAGACCGACGUACGCCGGGAGCAAAACUGCCAUGGAGAGGCUUAAGCGAGGGAUCAUUCAUGCCAGAGGACUGGUGAGAGAAUGCUUAGCAGAAACAGAGAGGAACGCCAGGUCCUAACCACCCAGGAAGCACCUCUCCCAACGGAAGACCCAACAGCUUCAGAAAUCUUUCCGUCUCGCCGUUCUUUCACGGGAACGCCAAGCAGCUUUCAGAAAAAUCAUUACGAAGAAAAACACUUGACAAAAAAAAGAAAAUGUUGACAUUUGGCUUGGGGAGCGCAAAAAAAAAAAAAAAUGGCAAAGACCAGUCCAGUAUAUGAAAUGUACUUGAGACAAACCUUCAGGGUUCUAUUUGUGUUCCCAUUUGGGAAUUUCUGGAUUUCUUGACUGCUUCUAUAUAGAUUACAAAAUGGGAAUGGGAAAAAAUAACUUUGCAUGCAAGUUAGUAAAUGCUCCCAGUUUACUGUAGAAACUGCAUGACUUGUACAGGGUUAGACCGUAGUAAAAAGGGCAUUUAGUAAUGAACAUGACUCUUUAACUUAGACAUUUUUUAACAAACUAAUAUGUAGGUGACUGGAGAAAAGUGUAGUGCCAAAUACUGUACUGCAUAGCAGGUUUGGAUAAACUGUUGUAAUAAAGCCAUUAUUUGCAUCUUUGUACGUAUUUAUUACUCAGUGUAAUAAAGCCCUAUUUUCAUUAAAA